AUGGACAAUCCACGAGGCUUUCGGUGCCGCAGAGGCAGUAGUCUCACGGAGCCCGAGGUCAAGGAGAGUGUGGACGAAUAUAUGAGCCCGGACAUCCUGCAUGUCUUCCGCGAGGAUAGAGCCGAGACGCCAGCCACCCCUCUCACAGGAAAGACCAGCAGCGACUCUGUCGCAUCGGGAUCACUGCUCUCGUUCCCGCAGUUCCAGCGCCUGCCCGUGGAACUCCGUUAUCUCAUCUGGGAGGCGGCCGUCCCGGAGCCGACUGUUGUGCCCAGGACGUGGAACAACAGCAAGUUCAGGUACAAUCUGCAGAGGAACGUGCCAGCGGUACUGCAGGCCUGCACUGAGUCAAGGGGCCUCCUGGUCGCGCAGCCAGGGACCGCGGAGACAGUGACUGCCGCUCCGAAGUAUGAGCUCGUCCAGACGCGCGGGCGCGAGGAUGAGGGUGUGUACAUGGACUUUGAGAAAGACUCGAUAUGGAUUUACCGAGGCUACGACAUCAACGAGGCCGAGGUCGCAUCGUAUGCCAACCUGCGCAGCCUCGUCAUGAACUGGGGCCUGCGGCCGUGCUGGGUCGACUCGGCGGUGGACGACGGCGUCAGGUUCAUCCGCAAGUUCCCCAAGCUCAGGCUGCUGACGCUGCUGGUUGAUUUUAAGGAGCACGGCUGGCCGGACCCGUCGACGCUCAAGGGGCUCAGGAGGCUGAAGCGCACCGAGUUCAAGCGCAUAUGGGCCCUGGUGCGGGCGGCGUUCCGGAGGGCCGAGCUGGACGACCCGAGCUGGACGGCGCCGUCUUUGCAUAUUGUCCAUCGGACGGAGAAUUGGUGUCGUCAGGAGGCUAGAUGA